AUGGCUCAGUGUUCGGGUGGAUGGUUACGCCGGGUGGACGGCCACACCGUGCUGUUGCUGCCAUCGGCAGGCUACGGCGACGCGAUACCAGCGUCGUACCAUCCGCGAGAGGAUAACCCAGCUAAUUAG